CUGUGUUGCUCCCAUUUUCUUCUUUCUUCUUUCUUCUUUCUUUUAACAAAGGGGGAUUCUUUUUUUCUCUGAUUCAGUUCUAUCUAUGUGCUUUCAUUGUUCUAUAGCUUUCAACUCUCCCUCUCAGCAAGAAAGUUUUGUCCUUUAAGCUCCAUUGAAGUUCUACAUAAUUCAAAAUCUCCUCUUUCUCUCACCAAGUUGUGUUCUUUCUGCUUCAUUGGGGUCCCAUUUGAGGACCCUCUUCUAAAAAUACUUUUUUUUUGAGAGAGAGAUUUGAGGGGUUUAACACACUGAAAAUCAUCAUCAUUUUGGAGUAGAAGGACUCCAUUAAUGGGUGCUUCAGGGAAGUGGGUGAAAUCUAUCAUAGGCCUAAAAAAGCCUGACAAAGAUGACCAAGGGAAGGUGGGUGGCAAGAGCAAGAAAUGGAGGUUGUUUAGGAGCACUUCGGGGGACUUAGGUUCCUCGUGGAAGGUCUUCAAAGGGAAGCAUAGGGCAGAUUCAGAUGGGUCUGAUUCAUCCCCAGCAGCUGAUGCUUUCACCGCUGCAGUGGCCACAGUAGUUCGAGCUCCUCCUAAAGAUUUCAGGGUUGUAAGGCAAGAAUGGGCUGCCAUACGUAUCCAAACUGCUUUUCGUGGCUUCUUGGCGAGAAGAGCUUUGAGAGCUUUAAAAGGAAUUGUGAGGCUUCAAGCCUUGGUUCGUGGUCGACAAGUAAGGAAACAGGCAGCAGUUACACUUAGGUGCAUGCAAGCUCUUGUUCGUGUUCAGGCACGAGUCAGGGCUCGUCAUGUGAGAAUGUCCAUAGAAGGGCAGGCAGUUCAAAAAAUGCUUGAUGAACACAGAAGCAAGGCUGAUCUCUUGAAACAAGCAGAGGAAGGAUGGUGUGAUAGCAAGGGAACACUACAGGAUGUCAAAGCAAAGAUACAGAUGAGGCAAGAAGGAGCCUUCAAAAGAGAAAGAGCACUAGCUUAUUCCCUUGCCCAGAAGCAAUGGAAAUCAAAUCCUGCUCCAAGUAGCUGGACCAGUAGUUCAGUUUCCUAUCUAAAGAAUAACGAGUUUGAUAAGAACAGUUGGGGAUGGAGUUGGCUUGAAAGAUGGAUGGCAGCCAGGCCAUGGGAGACAAGAUUGAUGGAACAAUCACUUACUGACUCCACAGAAGCAACACCUCCACCAAAGAAUUGCGCGGAGUCCCUUGUAGCAAAGAAUUUGAGAUCUGCUGAGUCCUUCAAUGGAAAGAAUUCAGGUUUUUCUGAACCAUGUCCUGUGAAAGUAAGGAAGAACAAUGUAACCACAAGGAUUUCUACAAAACCUCCCCAUGUUGGACAAGCUACUUGCUCAUCUUCAAGCCCAAGCUCUGAAUAUCCAUAUAAUGAGAGCUCUGCUUCAUCUUCUAUUUGCACUUCUACAACACCUUUUUCUGGGAACACAAUCUUGGCUUCAGAUAGAAUAGAAGAGAGUGGCAAUAGUAGGCCAAACUACAUGAACCUGACUGAGUCUACCAAGGCAAAACAAAGAACUGGGAACCAUGUUUCGCAGAGAGUCCAAAGACAGUCCAUGGAUGAAUUCCAGUUCAAGAGAUCAGCGGCCAUUUACAGUGGGGAUUCCAAAAGUAGCGCUGGUUCUGAUCCUUCUUCAGUCAAUUUCUCUAGGCCGUUCUACCUACCAACGCGAUUUGAUAAAAGCUCUGCAAAACAAAGGGAGAGGGGCAACUGCCUGUAUGAUUGAAUCAUUGAUUGUCAUUCAAGUCCAACAUCUUGUUGUUCAAAGUCAUUUAGAUUGUGGAUGCAGUAAGCUGUAGCAAAAGUGCCCUUAUGGGCACUUUGUAUCUGAUGAAACGAGGAUAUGAUUGAUUUUGUAAAAUUUGUUCACUUUAGUGUUGAUUCUGUCGAAAUCAAGAGCCAUUUUUAUGCCUUGUUCUAGCGUUUUACACAUGCUUACAACCUUUAUGCACAU